CACGGAUCACAUGCGUAGAUUGUUGUUGUUUUCAGAGCUUUACAUUUAAAGCCCUAGAUCUGAUUGGUGUACCAUUACCAGUUCUUAUUAAACAGAACCACUAAACCAGAACACGGUCGUUCUCUUGCACGCUAGGAGAAAAUACCCUGAAUAUUGUCAAUCCGAUUCUAAUGAUGUGAAAGUGAAGUAAGUGUUGAGGAAUUAGUGAUCAGGAAAAACCAAGCACGAAACAAGACGAGGACCAAGAUGAACAGAAAACUGUUCUUUGUGAUUUUUGUAUUGGUAGCUAUUCUUGUUCUCGCUGAAGGGAGGCGACGGAGACGUCGACGAAAAAAUUGCCCGCGAACGGAUGAAGAGUCCAACGGCGAUCACUGGUGUUGUGAUGUCAAGUCUUGGAAUGAGACGAGAACGAGGUGGAUAUGGUGGCCAUGUGACGAAAGUGAUACAGAUGACGAUGAUAGAAGCGAUGAUAGGAGGCGCCGCUCCUCAGAUCGCCGCAAUUGGUGGGACAACCUCUGUGGUGUGACGAUUACCUACAAUGUCACUUUGUAUUACAACAGCUGGAAAUGCUGUGAGGGAUGGAAUGAAGAUGAUUAUGGCGACUGUACCAUUCCGGACGGAGAUUCCAUCCCUGUGUAUUGUGAGAAUGGCGGAACUGUGAUUGACAGCACGCACUGCGCAUGUCCGGAAGGAUUCGUCGGGACUCAUUGCGAGACACCUGUUUGCACUCCCACAUGCCAAAACAAUGGUCAUUGUGGAGCGAAGGACGGGCGACCUAUUUGUAUUUGCCCUUCACAUUUUACGGGGGACCAAUGCCAAACUCCUGUCUGUGAAAGACCCUGUGAAAAUGGCGGACGCUGCGUCGCUGACGUCUGUGACACGAGGUGUGAAUGUCGAGCCGGAUACGUUGGUCGAUUCUGCGAGAUUGCCAUUAAAGAAGGCGACUGUCCGGUUUCCAACAACAACCAUGGUGCGUGUUACGAUUCGUGUUCUAUCGACCAGGACUGUUCCGGUGCCAACAAAUGCUGCUAUAAUGGCUGCGGGCAUGAUUGCAUGAAACCUAUCAACUCCAGCCGCUGUGUUUACAGGAACCACACUUACAACGUAGGGGAAAUAAUGCAUAAAGACGAUUGCACCACGUGUACUUGCCGUGGAGAGGGAAUGUCCCAUGACCCAAGCGGGUUUGACUGUUUCACUAUCGACUGUUUCGUCACUUCCUGUCCCGACGGCAUGUACUAUAAAAACAUCCCGGGGCAGUGCUGUGGACAAUGUGAAGAGCUUCGUUGUUCUACCGACUGUGGUCCAGGAAAAUGUAGUAAUGUAUAUGGAAUACCUCAGUGCAUAUGUCCUCACAACUUCCGGGGCGAUUCUUGUGAAACACCUAUUUGUCAUUGCCAAAACGGGGGAACUUGUAGGGCGCAAGGAACAUCCACUUACUGUGCAUGUGACCCCGCGUACACAGGGAAACAUUGUGAAAUUAGAAGCGCAGACAAAACGGGUGUUUGUCCACAGGAUGGUGGUAAUCAUAGUGGCGGAAGUUACUGCACUAGUGACUGGCAUUGCGCAGGCGCAGAAAAGUGUUGUUCGUCUUCCGGUGGUCACAUCUGUGUUCCUCCUCCUAAUCCUGAAAUAUGCAUUCACCAAAACAUGACAUACACCGUGGGAAGUGUGAUCAUGAAGAGCAACUGUAUGAUGUGCACGUGCAUGGGUCAGGGGAACACCGAUGACCCUAGUGGGCUCUCUUGUAGACCAACACCAUGUCCCCUCAUGAUGGAAUGUCCUCAAGGAACUGUUUUCCAAACUCUGCCUGGAGAUUGUUGUGCAAAAUGUGUCGAGAUUCACUGCACACAGAGCUGCCAACAUGGCGGUCACUGUUCGCUUGUCAACGACUCACCGCACUGUGUGUGUCAAGAAAACUUUGUGGGAGACUUCUGUGAAACUGCUAAAUGUCCAAUUCCUUGUCGAAAUGGAGGACAGUGUGUUGCUAAUGGAGAUCAGGGCGUAAUGUGUGUCUGUCCAGUCGGAUUUUCUGGGAAAUACUGUGAAACAAAACUUGAAGACAAAAAAGGAAUAUGUCCAAACAACACGGGGAAUAUGGGCAUCUGUGUUGAAAUGUGCUCACAUGAUCUGCAAUGUACAGGCGGCAACAAAUGUUGUUCCACAGGUUGUGGUCACGACUGUGUCCCCGCAUUAAAUCCAGAUAUCUGCAAAGUAGGAAGUGUAACGUAUCGAAAAAAUGAGGUAUUGAAGAAAUCUCCAUGUGAAAGGUGCGUUUGUCAAGGUCAAGGUCACGGAGACGACCCCAGUGGUUUUACCUGUAGUGUUAUGAUGUGUGGAGUCCUCGAGUGUGGUCCAGAUUACGAACUAAAGACAUCAGAGGGCAACUGCUGUCCAGACUGCGAAAAACGAACGCUGCCGCUGCCCUUGCCGAAAUUUAAAUGGUGUCCAUCCAAGAUCACCAUAGAGGUUAACUCGUACAACAGAUUUGUCGAUCUGAAGCAUGUUCUGUUACCAAAACUCGUUGCUGUUGAUGGUGCAGGACAAAUUCUACCAGUUUCUCUCAGUCUUAACCAACUAGAACACUGCGCAUGUCCAUACAGUCAACAGAAUAUCCAUAAUGUCGUGGCAACCUCAAAAGCCGACAAAAAUGGAAAAAUUGCGUCAUGUGCGAUGGCAGUAACAGUUAAAGAUGUUCAUCCACCAAGAUUUACGUCUUGUCCUACGAACUUUGAGUUGUUCACCACGGACGUUGUGACGUGGGACAACCCAACAGUGGCAGACAAUGUAGGGCUUCAUAAGAUCGACUUCCUCGGUACACAGAGAAACAAUACCAAAUUCACCAGCGGCAGUUAUAUGUUGGGCUACAUUGCCACCGACUUCGAGGGAAAUGUUGCAGUUUGCCAGUUCAAAGUUUCUAUUUGGGAGGAAGAUUCUACCGAUGUCAGCAUGCCUCAUGGGAUGAAAAAGAUUCAGGAGGACAGUGUAGAAAGCAACAAGAUGUUCAUCGCUGUUGGUGCUGUCAUCGGAGCUCUGAUAACUCUUGCCGUCGUCGUCGUUCUCUUCAUUUGUUGCCGGAAGUCAGCCGCUGCACGUAAAGCUAACACGAUGUCCGAACCUCCCGUCUCGUCUCAACAUGGCUACGAUAACGGAAUAUAUGCAAUAUAUGGUACACCGCCACCUGAUUACGCACUCCCAGGGAAAGGAAAGCUUCCCGAAUACUCCAGUUCGGAACCUCCUGAUUACGAAUCUGUUGAUCCAUAUCCACAUGAAUCGAAGGCGAUGGAGAACCUCGCAUACGUCUCCACCAUCGACGUCAAACUCGACUUCGACAACAAGGUCAACGAAACAUUGAACGAGUAGAGUUUGUAACAGUAUUGAUUUUUAUCAUUUUUGAAGUGUAUAUAAUACAUGUAUAUGCUUUUCUAACACGUCAAUUUAUCGUUAGUUACAUACCUUAAUGAUUUAAUUGAGGCACAAAAAUAGAAACGAUUCCAUUGAAUUGCGACGUUUGAUCAGGUAACGAAAUUCAACUUUCCAAUUAUAAAUCCAACGAGUUCUUCCUUUACUGUUUUGAAUCUUGAAUAGAGGACAUCGAUCCAUAUCGGCCAAAAAUGUAUUUCGUCACGUGAUCAAAGCCUAUAAAGCCCCGCCCUUGGCUGCGGCAUCAGAUCUGUAACAUUUAUGCCAUUUUUCUUUUCAAAUCAAAUUUUGUAGAUCGAUUUUUUGUUGACAAAAAUGUAUCAAUUAUGGGGAAACAAUCUCAGCUGUUUUUAUGAUUUUUGUGUGUGCAUAUAUACAUGAAUUAAUGUAUUGUCUUAUAAAGCUGCAUGUGUUCUUAUUUAUAUAUAUAUAUAUAUCCUUCAAAUUAUUCUUUGUGUUUUGUCUGCUUAGAUGUUUUUAUCAAGCGAAACCUCUUCAAUAUGCAUAUACAUACUAAUGUUAAACUGUCAAUUUUGACCAUGCAUUUGUUAUUGAGGGCAACAGAUGCCAUGUUGGUCGGCCGUGAACAACAACAGGGGGUCAUCUAUUUCCCCUGUAACUCCAUCUAACAACUUUAUCCAUUGAUAUACUUCGUUCUUUACAGAGAGAAAAAUCGGUAAAAAGUGCCUUAUAUGAAAAUUUGAUUUAAGAUCACUCAAAACCAAUGUCUGACAUCAUUGUAUUUAUAGAAGAGAUGUAUUUUGUGCUGCUAUUGUCCCCACGGUUUUCCUACAGAGUUAAACAUUUAUGACUACAGACCAGCACUGUGCUCCAUUUUACGUUAAUACGCACCGUCCGAGUCGCUUAGAGUGCAAAUAAUAAAACAACAUUUAUGUGUUGAGGUGUAGGUACUUUGCUUUUAUUUUUGUCUUCAUUGUACUACUUUGUAUUAACUACUGUUGAUUCCUUAUUUUACGCGAGUACUUAUUAUCGCGAAAUGCCUCGUGGACAUCAAAUCGCGAGAAAAUAAAUUCACGAGUGUUCCGUUGAUCAAGUGUUUUUUGCAUCUAUUUUAGCAAUAUCAAAAUAAAAGCGAGAAAUAUCUCUUAGCGAGUGAUGUUUCUCGCAAAAUUACGCGAUAAUAAUUUCUUCGUGUAUAUUUAGGAAUUUACAGUAUUCAAAAACAUUUGAAAUAUCACAGAUUAGUACGUCCUUGAUAACGGAAAGAUUUUGAUGAAAAUUCCACCAUGUUACUUGGUGAAAUCCAAUUUGAUGAUACCUGAUUUAAGCAUAAUACAUUGUUAUAUGUUUGCCUUUACACUUUGUUAAAUUUGUUACGUCUUUAAAACAGCUGGUCUGUUAAAGGAUAAACUGUUAACUGUUGUAUAUAUCCCAUGCUUGUAGUUGUGUACUUAUAUUAACAUUUAUAAUUAAACAUAUAUACCAAAUUGC